CAAACUUCAAGACGGGUCUUGUAUUUUUAUCGUUUCCAUACGAAUAUCAUCCCUGAUUUGGCCAGUGCAAAAUUUUGCUGAAUGGAUUCUUGAGGUUGUGUUGCUGAGCGCGCGAUAAACAAAUUGAAAAGUCGCCUAAAAGUGUACAACUAAAGUCAAUUGCAUCUCUUCUUGCAUUUGUUGGGUUUAUUUAUACAAAUACUUUUUCCGUUUGUCGUGCGUGAGAAUAACAACGAAACGAAAGCAGCAGCCGUGUGUAAUUACUGGACGCGUGAUCCGCGUUCCCCAUUCGGAGCUCCACCAAGCUGGUAGCAAGUUGCUGCACAAUGAUGCGCUGCGGGAGAGGAGCUGCCUGGCGACACAUAGAUAAUUGAAAUAUUCCGCCACAGGACCAGGGUGUCCUAACUGCUGAGCGAUAGAAGAGCGAUAGAUUCCACCUGAACAAAAGACUGCAAUCUGCCUUAACCGGAGAAGGAGAAGCGGUGGAUGAGGAGCCCAGAUCCGGAAAACAGAAUCUGAAUCCGGCACGAUCCGGCAACGGUGGCGAUCCAUACGCCAUGAGUUCAUUCAUCGAGCUGCUGGGACUGUUUAUGCUGCUGAUGUUGCCCUUUCUGUACGAGACGAAUCACAUUUUUCGCUAUUAUUUCAAAUUCCUCAUCUACUACGGCAUCGUGUCGUUCAACGCGAUCGUACUCAUACCGGCCUUCCUCACACGCCCCUGCGAUGUGCGCAAUCUGCUAUGGGCCAGCACCUGGUGUCAUCGCGUGACAACGUUGAUUGGGUUGCGCUGGGAGCUGCGUGGCAAGGAGCAUCUGGCCAAGGACCAGGCCUGCAUCAUUGUGGCCAACCAUCAGAGCUCGUUGGAUGUGCUGGGAAUGUUUAACAUCUGGCAUGUGAUGAACAAGUGCACGGUGGUGGCCAAGAGGGAGCUGUUCUACGUGUGGCCGUUCGGGCUGGCCGCCUGGCUGGCCGGCCUCAUAUUCAUCGAUCGCGUGCGGGGCGAGAAGGCGCGCGAGAUCCUGAACGAUGUGAAUCGACGCAUUAAGAAGCAGCGCAUCAAGUUGUGGGUAUUCCCGGAGGGCACGCGUCGCAACACCGGCGAACUGCAUCCGUUCAAGAAGGGCGCCUUCCACAUGGCCAUCGAUCAGCAGAUACCGAUACUGCCCGUGGUCUUUAGCUCCUAUUGCACAUUCCUCAACGACAAGAAGAAGAUACUCAACGCUGGACGGAUAGUGAUCACCACACUGCCGCCGGUCAGCACCGAGGGCCUGACCAAGGACGACAUCGAUCCGCUCAUGGAGCGUGUGCGCGCCCAGAUGAUUGAAACUUUCAAGCUAACCUCUGCGGAGGCCCUGGAGCUGCGCUACAAUCCGCUCAAGUCCUCACCGCUAGCUCCAUCGUCAUCAGCAUCGUCAGCGUCGGAAGGCGUCCUGCCGCCAGGGGCAGAAGUAGAGGCAGCGGCUGUGGCUGCUGCCGCCUCUGUCGCUGUGGCCAGCAGCGGUUCGAGUUAUGCGCCGCUUCAUGUGGGAGCCGCAGCAGCAUCGGCCACCUACGAGACGUACAAGAGCGGCGCCACAGCCGCCAAGGCAACCAUGCUAAAAACGCUCUAGACUUAGAGGUAGAUGCUGUGCAAACGAAGCUACUCAACCCGAUAGCCGAUAGGAGAUAUCCAGCUUUUAAUCUUAUCUCACACUUGACACACACACACACACACACACACACUUCAUAAAUGCAUCCAAGUAGAUGAUUAUCCAAGGCUUAUCCAGGCACCAGUAUUAGGAGUAUUAUUAGGAGCAGCAAUAACCAAAUUGCGAUUCAAUCUUCGACUGUCAGACAUAAUAUUCUACUUCGAAACCAAAAACAAAACCAAACACCAAAUUCAACACUAUGCAACAUGACUUCAAGACACAGUUUCAAGACCUACUUCCACAUAGGCAACAAGCAAGCAACAAUCCAAUCACACAAGUCUUGCUUCUAAUGAGCACCGUAGGAUUUUCUACUAUAAAAACCCCAAUCAAAAAUCGCUUCAAUGGUAUACGUUAAUAGGAAACCCAGAUAGAACGAGAUGAUAUAUUUUAGUACAUUACUCAAUCCUUAAAUAUAAAAUUGGAUUUGAUUUCAAUUUAAAAUGGCGUGAGCUAUCCAGACCAUCGCAUUAUUCUAUUCAAUGCGAAAAAAAUUAAGCCAAAGUAAAUGACCAAAAGCAAAUCGUAAAAAGUUGCAAAUUGACUGUCAAAUCGCAAAAGUGCGUGCUUCGGUUUUAGCAAAUCGUAAGAUUCCUACGAUUCAAAAUCGGUUGCUUGUGAUUUCAAAAAAGAAGUGAAGAAAAUUAUUUUCGUAUAUUUUUAUAUGCAGUUAAUGUAUUUAUUUCUAAUCAGACCUCAAUUUUUACUUCAAGCAAGUAAACCAAACAAUAAGAAAUUGCGAGUUGCCGUUCACAGUCAAAAUAUCGAUUUUGGAUAUCCUCUGUUUCUUAAUUCAAGAAUUUUUCGGCUUGGUACUGAAAUACUUUAAUUUUCCAAAGAAAAGUACCUUUUUUUUAAACAGUUUUAGCCGAGUUGCACAAAAGCCUGACUGUAUAUUUUGUGAUUCUGUUUCUGUUAGUAAUUGUCUGCGUGCAUGGUUGUAAUAAAUUAGGCGGCACUAUCUUCAAAAAUGUUCAACAAAGACAAACAAAACUCGUUUGGCCACAGUCCUGUUCCCGUUUCUGAGUGAUUGAAACCCAUCUCAUAUGCCAAGUACUUUUAGUUGAAAUUUCAACAUAUUUAGAUGAUUCCUUCCAGAGUUCGCCCAUAGCAAUCCCUUAAAUAUACUCGACCUAGCUCCGAAGGGUGUAAAUUCGACACAUAUAAUAGAAUUAAACUGUAUUGUAUUCACGAAUAUUGUAAUUUUAAAGAUUUUAAUGUUAGCUAUAAAACUUGUAUUUAAAAAUGGACUCUAUAUGGGUUCCUUCUGUGCAAAAUAUCCUCAUAAAAACAGGUGAUUCAGAAACACCAAUUCAAAAGGGUUUUAGAAUUGCUAAACCCUUGAAAUGUAGUCGGAAAUUGGAACAGGAAUAUUUAUACCUUUUUACUCUAAUGCAGAACAAGUGUAAUGGAUUCUUUUUGUUGCUUCUUUCCGAAAUUCGGAUUAUUAGACACCAAAAUUAGUUUUAUCCCAGAAAUUGUGUGGUUUUAAAUAUAAAAACCGGAUCAAGCUUGAUUAAAUUGUCUUGAAAUCGAAAAGGCAAUCGUAAUUAAACCGAACUUAAAUAAUUGUAUAUGGCCAUCCUAGUGAAUUCUGGACAAUUCUGCAAUUUUGAUCUUGUGUUGCAUGGUGUAACUAUUAGAUAAUUAAAGCUAUAGUAUACAUUUAUAACUUUUUUUUGUAUUAUUAUACUGAUAAAAAGCAAAGACCAUGACUAAAAAGAACCUAUGAUAGACACAUGCAAGAAAUUAAAGCCUUUUGUACCUUGAAUUUCAAUAUCUUAGGAACAGAUGGUUUGCAAGCAGAGUGCAUUGGCAGGCAUCGCAUCUAUACGUCAACAUCAUUCCAAUGACGAUAUGAUUGUUAAUACCUUUUGGUGAAGUUUAUUAGGCAAACCAAAUCGGGUCAUGGGUUUUUUCAUGGGUUGUCAUUGGAGUGAUGUGAUGCUGUAAUCCUGACCAUUUUGACAUCUCAAUAUUCUUCAAAAUAACACUAGUGAAUACAUAUAUAUGUAAAUAUAUGCUGCUGCUGUGCAUUUCUCUAGCAAAUCAUUAAAUUUCCUAUUUACUAAACUAAUCAAUUUUGAAACUCGAGGUUCAGAAACGGGUCAUAUUUUUUAAGCCGAGAAAUUAUUGCUUUUAAGAAUCAAUCGAUAAGUUAUCGUUCUUGUAUCGUCAAUCCAUUUUAAUUCAAGGUUGUCUUUUAUUUUGGAAAAUUAUCAAAGCGCUCAUCGAAGUGAAAUCCACUCCGAUUGGAUCAAGUCAAGUUCGUUUAUUUUAUCUACUUAAGGAAUUCAAGGGAUCCAAUCUAACGACUUUCUAUGUACUCUAUGCAACUGUAUUGUGAACUGUAUGUCUGUCUGGUGAAGUGUUGAUGAACCCUUUGAAAACUUUGUAAAUAGACGGGAGAACUGGGGCGAUUCGGCUCACUUUGAAGGCGGUUAAACAAAAGGAAAAUCUGAAGACCGAAACGGAAUUUAACACAAAUACCAUAAAUCAUUUUUUUCAAA